AUGGCCCCCUUCUUCGCCACCUUCAUCACCCUUCUCAGCCUUCUGCAAAUUUUCACCACCACCAACUCUGCUAGAGUUGGGAUAGUCGCCCCGAAGCGCCAUGGCUUCUCCUUGGACCUCGUUCACCGCGACUCACCUGCCUCUCCUCUGUACGACCCUACCUUCACUCUCACCGACCGCGCCGUGGAGGCCGCGCGGCGGUCCAUUUGGCGCUCCCGCCACUUCGCCUCUAGAUUUUCCGGCGGCGUGAGCACCAAAAUCUACAGCCCCAUGAAAUCCGGCAGCGGCGAGUUUCUCAUGAAGCUCGCUCUCGGCACGCCAGCCCGGUUACAUUGGGCUAUCGCCGACACCGGAAGCGACCUCAUCUGGACUCAGUGCCUCCCCUGCGAGUCCUGCACCGGCCGGAAGAUGUCCAUGUUCGAUCCCCACAAGUCUUCCACAUACAAGACCCAGAGCUGCUCCACCUCUUUCUGCGACGACUUGCCGACCGAAGGAAAAUACUGCAACAACGAUCGCCUAUGUGGAUUCCAUUAUGUUUAUGGUGACAAGUCCUACGCCGACGGCGUCCUCUCCAAGGAUACGCUCACCUUCGACACCGGCGUUCAUGGCACCAUCAAGUUUCCGUCGACCACCUUCGGCUGUGUUCACGAUGAAGCCGGCAACGUCGCCACGGCCGAAGUUUCCGGUCUUGUCGGCCUCGGUGGUGGCCCUCUGUCCCUCAUCUCCCAGAUCAGUUCUGCCAUUGAUAACAAAUUCGCUUACUGCCUCAUCUCGUAUUACGAUACCAACUCGACUGGACAGCUGAAGUUCGGAGCCGGAGCCGAGUUUUCCGGUACCGGAACGGUUCAGCAGACGGAGAUGGCGCAAGGUAGCGACCAGGGCACCUUCUACGUGCUCACCCUCGAUGACGUAAGCGUGGGAGGCAAGAAACUCAACGUGAAGUUUGAUGCCGCGAGGCCGACGGCGCUCGGGGAUGCGAAGUCGAUCAUCAUAGACUCGGGCACCACUCUGACGCUGCUGAGCAACGAGGCGUACAAUCCGGUGGAGAGUGCGGUGGCCAGCGCCGUGGAGUUCGAGAAGGUCGAACCGGUGGAGGGCUUCAGCCUGUGUUACCACGUCAAGUCGUUCGACCUCCAGGGUUUCCCGUCUGUGACGUUCCAUUUUGCCGGUGCCGACUGGGAACUGCCGCCGGAAAACGCCUUCCUGCCGGUGGCGGAGGGAGUCGUGUGCUUGGCUAUUGUACCAUCGAACAUGGGAAUUGCGAUCUUCGGGAACGUGGCUCAGCAGAACUUCCAUGUUGAGUAUGACCUGGGGAAGGGCGUGCUCUCUUUUGUUCCUACUGAUUGUACCCGGCUUUAGGGACGCUGUGUUCCUUCUUUUCUAGCUAUUAAGCU